AAAAAAUAUCACUCGUGACACUCUUUCAGAUACCGCAAAUCUUCCAUUUCCUCCACUUAACGAAGGAAUCUCUUAAUAUACCUCAGUUGUCUUUGUACGAAAUGGAGAGGAUGCUGUUGAUACCGAGGGCCUCUAAACAACUAGCAAACAUCAUGACUUGUUUACGUAAAAUGCAACACUAAACUUAAUUGUAUGAUAAACAAUACAAAAAUCAAUUUUUAAAUUAUAGUUCCCCGACUACCAAGCUACGCAAGGUCCCGCCGAUGCCGUAUGAAUUUUGGACCAACAUUCUCGCGUACAAAAUGACGAGUUGGUUCAAAGUGUAUCGCGCGAAGCAUGAAGACGCAACUAAAGUUCUAGAAACUAUCGGCGUUGAGCCAGAAUUCUGGAACAUCUUUCCUGAGACUUCGAUGCUCGAUGGCAGAGACUUUGAAGAUCUCAGCUUCAAACAGAGAGUCUGGUUACUGAAAACAGUCUGUGAUACAAUCAUGGUGAGUAAUCUCUCGCAUAUGAUCUUAGAAACAAGGCACUAUCAAAUUCAACCGCCAUGAUUCUUACAGCAUACUAAAAAAACAGUUCAGGAAGACAUGAUGAACCAAUCGUGGCAGGACCAAUUUGAAACGGUUUUAGGAAUCGAUCGCAAUGGGACGAGAUACAUAUACUUUCCUCAAUUUAUGCCAAACGAUUUCAGAAUUUACAGGCAUUCCCUGGACAAUAAGAUCUUAUCGACUGUCAGGGUAAUUUACUUAUUCUUCCAAGACUUAAUUGACAUUGCUUCCACAGAAACUUAACAUGUUCGUUGAAAGAAAAUAGGAGGAAUAUUAGACAUACUAAUUAUAUGAUAUAAUAGCUGUAGUUAUAAGAGUGCUGUAAUUAUACAUCUUUGCCUCCAAUAAGUGGAUAACAAUAGCGCCACAGUUCAGGUCGGGCUUCCUCGAGUUUCUUGUCUUCUUUGCAAUCUUUGAGGCCUUUUUUGUGUUUUCAAGUCAGAAUUAAUUUUUUUCCGAAAAUAAAUUGUCUGCCUACUGCCCAACCCCCGGU